GAACUUCCGCUGCGUUUCUGAGGCGGAGCAGGAACUCUAGAAACGUGCGUCAGCUGGGAGGGGCUACCAGCUUAGUGGUUUGAAGGAGGGAAAACAAAACCCUAUAGACACAACUUUGUGCAAAAGUAAACUAUAUUAUAUUUAAGUUUGAAAGUAGAAGCUCUUCAAAGCUGAGCUAAUUCCGGUGCCCAUUGUUAAAACUUCACUUUUUAAAGCGGUGUGAGGUGUUUGAGGACCGCGGAAGUUUCUGAACUCUGUGACCGUGCAGCAGCUUCAGCAGGAGGGCAUCCAGUGUGCUGCUCACAUCAAGGUGUACACCCGUGUGAAUGUCCACGUUGAACAAAGUGCAAGGUCCUCUCACAGCUCAGAUAUGAGCUGCUAUCAGCUCUAGACACUGCUGCUCCUCACUUUACCCUGCAUAUAACUUUAAAUGUGCCUUUUUACACUUUCAUUUUUUUAAGCUAGUUUUAUUUUUUGCACUGAAAAUGUCGUGCCUGUUGCUAGGAGUCCUACGGAGACAUGGUGGUGUUGGAGCAAGUGUCGGGGUUCGGUCCCUGGCCUCCAUCCCCUCUCUGCCCCCGGCGGUGGCUGAGUUUGUGAGGGGAGCGGUGGACGAGUGUAAGCCCACCCGUGUGCAUGUGGUGACGGGGACGCCGGAGGAAACGGCCAACAUCCUGGCAGGUCUGGAGAAGGAGGGGAUGGUCAAGAAGCUUUCCAAAUAUGAGAACUGUUGGUUGGCACGUACAGACCCAAAAGACGUGGCUCGGGUGGAAAGCAAGACUGUGAUUGUGACCAAGAGCCAGAGGGACACCAUCCCCAUCCCUGCUGGAGGGGUGAAGAGCCAGCUGGGCAGCUGGAUGAGCGAUUCCGACUGGCAGAACGCGAGACAGGAGCGUUUCCCGGGCUGCAUGGCAGGCCGGACCAUGUAUGUGAUCCCCUUCAGUAUGGGUCCUGUAGGCUCGGCUCUGACUAAAUACGGUGUCCAGGUGACAGACUCGCCAUACGUUGUGGCCAGUAUGGGGAUCAUGACGCGCAUGGGCACUCCUGUCCUGAACAGACUGGCUGAAGGAGCGGAGUUUGUCCGCUGUCAGCACUCUUUGGGACGACCUCUUCCACUCAAGGCCCCUCUGGUCAACUCGUGGCCCUGUAACCCACAGCAGGUGCUCAUAUCUCACCUGCCAGACACCAGGCAGAUCAUGUCCUUCGGCAGUGGCUAUGGAGGAAACUCGCUCCUGGGGAAGAAGUGCUUCGCCCUACGCAUCGCUUCCCGCAUCGCCAAGGAUGAAGGCUGGCUGGCCGAACACAUGCUGAUCCUGGGUAUUACCAACCCUCAGGGAGUGAAGCGGUACGUCGCCGCGGCCUUCCCCAGCGCCUGUGGUAAAACCAACUUGGCCAUGAUGAAACCAUCUCUGCCAGGCUGGAAGGUUGAGUGUGUUGGCGACGACAUUGCGUGGAUGAAGUUCGACAGCCAAGGGAAACUGAGAGCCAUCAACCCAGAGAACGGCUUCUUCGGCGUGGCUCCCGGCACCUCAGACAAGACCAACCCCUACGCCAUGGCCACCAUCUCCAAAAACACGGUGUUCACCAACGUUGGCGAGACCAGCGAUGGAGGAGUGUGGUGGGAGGGCCUCGACCCCCCCGCACCCGGGGUCACACUCACAGACUGGCACGGAAAAGCCUGGCAGAGAGGAAGCUCGACUCUGUGUGCCCACCCCAAUUCCCGCUUCUGUGCCCCGGCGGCUCAGUGUCCCAUCAUUGACCCCCAGUGGGAGAGUGAGGAGGGCGUUCCCAUCGACGCCAUCAUCUUCGGUGGCAGGAGGCCCGAAGGAGUCCCUCUGGUCUACGAGUCUUUCAACUGGCAACACGGAGUCUUUGUUGGAGCCUCCAUGAGGUCUGAGGCCACAGCAGCUGCUGAGCAUCAAGGCAAGGUGAUUAUGCACGACCCCUUCGCCAUGCGGCCGUUCUUCGGUUACAACUUUGGCGACUACCUCGCUCACUGGCUGAGCAUGGAGCGCAGAAAGGCCCCCACUCAUCUGCCCAAGAUCUUCCAUGUCAACUGGUUCAGAAAGGACCCGGCGACCGGCUCCUUCCUCUGGCCCGGUUUCGGCGAAAACGCCCGCGCACUGGAGUGGAUCUUCACGCGCUGCGGCCGGGAGAGGGAGGACGAGGCUGCCAAGAAGAGCAUUAUCGGCUGGCUGCCAGAAGAUGGCGCCAUCGACACUAAAGGUCUGGGCGGCAAGGUGGAUAUGGGUGCCCUGUUCGAUGUGCCCAAGUCUUUCUGGCAGAAUGAGACGAAGGAGUUGAGAGCCUACUUCACUCAGCAAGUUGGAGCCGAUCUGCCUGCACAGGUGGAGGCUGAGCUGAAGGCACUGGAGGACAGAGUGCACAAUUAAAACUCUCCUGACAGGAAGUUCAUCCUGAAACAGGGAGGUAGUCACUUAUGACAAUAUUCAGAUCAUUAAGGUGCAAUCAGAGUCACUGGCUGAGCUUACAUACACAGAGAACUUAGUUCUGAAAACAGUUAUUUGGUUUUAAACUUAUAAACUUAUGCUGCCACUCCUCUUUUGUCUUCACCACAUAGGAAUUGCACUGAAAUGCUAGUAUGAAAGAGUUCUAGUACUCGCUGCUCAGUCAAAGAUGCUUUAUGGCAACUUUAAGAUCUAUAAAGAAUAAAAAAGCUCCGCCUCCAAAAAGACCAAUAGCCAGUAGUUACAUUUCUCUGUGCAUGAAAACACAAGCAGUGACUCUUGCCUUUCUCUUUUAUGAAGAGACUUCUCUUGGGAAUUAAAUGUCAGAGAUAAAAAGCUAAUCUACAAUUUAAUAACUUUGAAUACGACUUCACACUAAAACUGUAACAGAGUCUGGUGGCAGGAGGGAGCUUUGACUCCACAUGAAGGUUAGAUUUCUGUGACCUUGUCAAACUUGUUAUGUAGAGAAGCUAAUGUCACGUCACUCACAAGACAUGGCCUCUGAGACCUGUAACAACACAAUGUCUAGGGUGCUAAUGUUUACAGUUUAACAUGGUUACUCAUAACAUUUUUAUAAGUGAAUAUUAGCUCCAGAUCGUUUAAUACAAUAUUGACAGAGUCUCAUAAAAUGCCCUUUUAUUUUAAAUUGAGCUUGAUAUUCAAAUACAUAUAUAUCAGAAGGACAAUAACUGCUCAAAACAUUGCAGCAGAUUUCCAGUGGGAAUUACUAUGCAUAAUUCAACUUGACACUUUGUUAUGUUUGAUUUAAAUUGUAUGAUUUCAGGUGAUGUUUACGCGCAAAAUGUGAAAUGUUGGACCAAAAAAUGCAACUGAGAUUACUAGGUAUUUUAAGAAGUUGUAUGCCAGGGUUUUUAUUACAGUGCAAUGAAUAAAUAUCUUCAAAUGCA